UGUGGCUUUCAUGAGCUACAACACGAUGGAGAAUCUACUGAAGCCAGACUUCUUCAACACAUCAAACAACACGAUUAAAACCAUGAUGUCCACUGUGAUCUCAGCUACUCUUCCCAAAACCACCAACACUAAACUCACCAAACCAGUCAACUUCACCCUGAAACACAUCAGAGAGUUUGAUCCAAACGGUUCUCUGUCCUGUGUGUACUGGAAUAUCAGCGAGUGGAUUGUAGAUGGUUGUUCUGUUUUAAAGACCAACAGCAGCUACACCGUGUGUUCCUGUGAUCAUCUGUCCACAUUCGCUCUUGUGCAAAUCAGUCGCCCACCAGAGAGCGACUCACAGCUGGAGCUGUUGACUUUGGUGUGUGUGAUCGUGGGACUGGUGUUCUUCAGUUUGGCCCUGUUGGCUUUUGUCCUUUAUAAAUGGAGUCCUGUGCGUGAUUGGAUACAUGGUUCCGUUGUGCUGGUUCCUAAAGGCUACAACAGGGAAGAGUUACGCUGCAGUACACAAAGUGCUUCAGAUGUCUCUGCUGUGGACUCAACAAAAUCAAAAGUGUCUCAAAAAACACUGAAGACCACAACAUCAUUUUAAACCUAGAAUGCAUGAACCAAAAAAGAAAAAAGAAAAAAAAUGCAUAAAGGGGGUGAAAAUGGCCCAUAUUGGAAUAAAAAAGGUGUCCUAUUAAUGAAAUAAUUAAAAUAAUUGAUGAUACGCAAGUAUUUUAAUAUAGCAAACAUGUUUAUUAGUCCACUUUUCUAUUUGCAUUACAAAAGAUUACAUUUAUUCUUUUUAAAAUGCUCUUGUACCUUUUUCUACAACUCCAAACUAAUUUAGAUCUACUGUAUAUUCCCGACUGAACCUUCACUCCCCACAUUUCUCACAGACCAUGUAAAAAUGAUCAGGCAGAGUCAGAAAAUUUCACAUCAGAUUUGCACCUUUCUAAGCAUAUCUUUUGGGCAGAGUUUGAACCUCUUCCUUUGUUUGGGCCUUCAGCUGUCCUUUGCUGUGGCCUUUAUCCUUUAUCCCCUUUAUGCAUUCAAGGGUUCAGGAAAUAGAAAGUACCAUUAUUAUACAGGUGAUUUUAUAUAACAGAAUCAAUGUUUUUGGAUGUUAAAUGUCAUAAUGCCAAUUCACAUUGCAAUGACAGACGCAGACCGUGAUGUGGACAAUCACCAGAUUACAGUACCUCACUCCUCAGACGUUCCAUGACCCGACAAACAUUUGAUUCAGCAUGUUCAGUCGGCAAAAACAAGAACCGACCAACAUCAACAGAUGCCGACAGGAGUAACACACUGAUCAGACAAUUCCAAUUAACAUUUCUGUUGCCAUCUGUUGGUUCAGUGUAAAUUGGCAUAUAGUAUCAGCUUCUUUCUGCAAAUGAUAUUAAAAUAUGAUAUACAAGUUUCUUAAUAUCACGGCUGCCGAUACUACUGAUGUAAAAUAAGUAACUCUAUUUUAAUUGCACUCAAGAUUUUUUUGGUGG